ACGAGUAUAUAUCAAAUCAUUUCUAUAGAAUGUUAACACAUUCGUAGUCUUGCUUAGAAGAGCAAUUUUAAUUGCAAUUUCCAUUUCACGUUUACCCAAGUACAAAGCACGGGAAGUAACUCUAAAUAAUUUAAAGCUGUCAGGUGACUGCAUUUCACAAAAGCUCAACAAUGUUAGAAUACAAAGUAGAAGAAUAAUCACGAAAAAUCAUGGAUCCCCGUACUAGUGCCCAGGAUGUACACCGAUGUGACCUUUGUGAGACCGCCGUAGUACACAGCUACUGCGACUUUUGUCAUGUCAACCUCUGCAAGCCCUGUAUACUAGAUCACAUUUUAGAUGAAUAUGAAAAACAUAAAAUAGUCCCUUUUCAGGAACGAAGGUCGACCCUCAUUUAUCCGAAUUGUGGUAAACAUCCACAGAAAAACUGCGAAUUGCAAUGCAGGGAAUGCGGCACCUUUGUUUGUUCUUCCUGUAUGGCAUCUGAUCAGCACAAGGGACAUAGCUUUGUCGAAGUCACAGAGGUUUUCAAGACAAAGAAAGACAUUAUUGAAAAAGAUACAAAAGAGUAUGAAAACUUAAUUUCUCCUAAAUAUGAGCAAAUUGUCCAUGACUUGGAAAAUCAGCUUGCCAACCUGGAUGGAGGAUAUGAGAAACUUACAACAGCAAUGUCCAAACAAGGAGAGCAAUGGCACAGAGAAAUCGACAUUGUCAUCAAUAAAAUGAAAACCGAAAUUAACGAGAUAAAAGUGAAACAUAGAGACAUUUUACAGAAACACUUGGAUGAAAUCAAACAGAUACAGUCUCUCAUAAAACAAACAUUACUUGCUAUAAAAGAAAUUAAGAACUCCACUGAAUUGGCCCCAACCAUUAAGUACAGCUCUAAGAUCAGAGAGUUUAGCAAGCUUCCACCCAAAGUUAAGGUUACAUUGUCAACAUUCAUUCCAAAACCAAUAGACCCUGAGAAGCUGUAUAGUUUGUUUGGACACAUCACCCCAUUAUCUACUGCUACAGAAGAAAAUGUCUCGUCACUAAACCAAACCAGCACUUCAGUCAGAGAACUACUGGAUGAGCCAGAGCUUGUUGCCACAAUACAGACUGGGUAUGAAUAUCUACGCAGUGUUUCAUAUUUAAACGAUGACAGGAUAUGGACUAGUGGACGGACCAAUGAAAUCAAAUGCUUUAAUAUUUAUGGUUCACUACAACAGACAAUCAGAACGAAAUCAGGAGAACGGCCUUUUGAUAUAGCUGUAGACAGCGAUGGGUAUCUGAUGUACACUGAUGGGACUGUAGGGACAGUGAAUAAAUUGAACAAUAAACUGACAGAAGUGUUAAUCAGAUUACAGGGAUGGCAGCCAAGUAAGCUGUGUGUCACCUCUACUGGUGAUCUCCUGGUUACCAUGCGCAAUGAUAAUUGCACUCAAUCCAAAGUUGUCCGUUACUGGGGAUCAACAGCGAAGCAAACAAUUCAAUUUGAUGAUGAAGGUAAACCUCUCUUCUCUGUGAAUGAUUUUAUCAAAAACAUUACAGAGAACAGAAACUACGACAUUUGUGUGGCAGACUGGAAGGCUGGUGCUGUAGUGGUGGUUAAUAAGGAUGGGAAACUCAGAUGGAGAUACACCGGUCAUCCCUCAGUUACCAAAAAUAAACCAUUUAUACCCUGUGGUAUAACAACAGACAGCCAGUGUCGUAUCCUGACAGCAGAUUAUAAUAACCAUUGUAUCCACAUUCUGGAUUUGAACGGACAGAAAUUAUGUUACAUUGAUAAUUGUGAUUUCGUGAAACCGUAUGGUUUAUGUGUGGACAAUAAUGACAACCUGUUUGUGUGUGAGUAUGAAAAUGACAAACACAAGGGACAUAAAUUUGUCGAAGUAACAGAGGUUUACAAGACAAAGAAAGACAUCAUUGAAAAAGAUACAAAAGAGUAUGAAAACUUAAUUUCUCCGAAAUAUGAGAAAAUUGUCAUUGACUUGGAAAAUCAGCUUGUAAACCUAGAUGGAGGAUAUGAGAAACUUACAACAACAAUAUCCAAACAAGGAGAGCAAUGGCACAAAGAAAUCGAUAUUGUCAUCAACAAAAUGAAAACUGAAAUCAGCGAGAUAAAAGAUAAACACAGAGACAUUUUACAGAAACACUUGGAUGAAAUCAAACAGAUACAGUCCCUCAUAAAACAAACAUUACUUGCUAUUAAAGAAAUAAAGAACUCCACUGAAUUGGCCCCAACCAUUAAGUACAGCUCUAAGAUCAGAGAUUUCAGCAAGCUUCCACCCAAAGUUAAGGUUUCAUUGCCAACAUUCAUUCAAAAACCAAUAGAGCGUGAGAAGUUGUAUAGUUUGUUUGGACAGAUCACCCCAUUAUCAACUGCUUCAAAAGAAAAUGUCUUGUCACCAAACCAACCCAACGUUUCAGUGAGAGAACUACUGGAUGAACCAGUGCUAGUUGCCACUAUACAGACGGGGGAUAACGGUUUACGCUGUGUUACCUAUAUAAAUGAUGACAAGAUAUGGACUAGUGGGUGGAACAAUGAAAUCAAAUGCUUCAAUGCUUAUGGUUAUCUCCAACAGACAAUUGUUACAAAAUCAGGAGAAAUGCCUUUUGAUAUAGCUGUAGACGUAGACAGGGAUCUACUGUACUCAGAUUGGAGAGUAGGGACAGUGUAUAAAGUAAAGAAUGGACAGACAGAAGAGUUGAUCAGAUUACAGGGAUGGAGGCCUAGUAAUCUGUGUGUCACCUGUACUGGUGAUCUCCUGGUUACCUUGUUCAGUGUUGAUUACACUCAAUCUAAGGUUGUCCGUUACUCCGGAUCUACAGAGAAACGAACCAUUCAAUUUGAUGAUAAAGGUAAACCUCUGUACUCAGGGAAUAGUUAUAAUAAAUACAUCACAGAGAACAGAAACUAUGACAUCUGUGUAGCUGAUUGCCAGGCCGGUGCAGUGGUGGUGGUCAAUCAGGACGGGAAACUCAGAUGGAGAUAUACCGGUCAUCCCUCAACCACCAAGACCAAACCAUUUAAACCCCGUGGUAUCACGUCAGAUAGUCAGAGUCGUAUCCUGACAGCCGAUAGAGACAACCAUUGUAUCCACAUUCUGGACCAGAAUGGACAGUUUCUCCGUUACAUUGAUAACUGUGAUCUGAACAAUCCUUUUGGUUUAUGUGUGGACAACAAUGACAAUUUGUUUGUGUGUGAGUACAACAAAGGCAAUGUGAAGAAAAUUAAAUAUGUGAAAUAGUUUCAAA